AUGGAGCGACCGAAGUCUUCGAACGGGCAAGCAUCGCUGUUCCAGGUCUAUCUGCGACUGCGCCCGCCAAUCAGACAUGAUGCCAAACAAGAGAGCUUUUUGUGCAUUGAGCCUCCGGAAGGCGAUGAAUCGUUCCCAACCCACAUUACCGUCCAGCCACCAAACGAUGCGAGAAAACGGGCGGUCGAGAAGUUCGCCUUUACGAAGGUGUUCGAGGAAGAAACUACACAGCUAGAUGUCUUCCAGGAAUCUGGCAUGCCGUCUUUGAUCAAUGCUGUGCUUUUGGAGAACAGAGACAGUCUCGUCGCGACUCUGGGGGUUACGGGAAGUGGGAAGAGCCAUACGAUCCUGGGAUCCAAGACGCAGCGCGGUAUAACACAGAUGUCCCUCGAUAUUAUCUUUAGGUCCCUCGAGUCAACGAUACAGAUCCCAGAUGACGACGCAGAAGUUCCCCUCCUCGACUCCAUCGCCGCAUCAGACUCGUCGGAAGCCCAGCUCUACUCCGCAGAGCACUUUCUUGAAAUCAUCUAUGGUGAUGGAGAUCGCGGUCGAAUCUCGAGAGCGCAGACCCCGAUGUCUAGAUCUCAGACGCCCAUGGUAGGCCACUCAUCUCAGCCCAUCAUCUCAGCACUAUGGCAGAAAAACAUACAUAUAUCAAACACAUCACACCCAGCGCCUGAGAAGGCGUAUCGGGAAGCGCAGACAUCCCCUUUUAUCACACAGCCGUUGGGCUACAAAGAGCCCAGCUAUAACACUCCACGGAGCUCAUGCAGAUCAUCAAAUCUUCCCUCUCAACUUCCAUUUUGGAAUAGAAAUAAUAUUGCAAGGAAUUUUACUAAAGUACGUCUCAAGGAUUCGUUCAUAGGAAGCAGUUCGCGCCGUCCACAUCUUCCUCGAGUAAGCAUCUUGCCUCAGGACCCUGACACGAGCGAUAUCAAAAUUCCCGUCCUCGAAACCGACCAGCACGUAGUCCUGAUAUCCAUGUACGAGGUGUAUAACGACAGAAUCUUCGACCUCCUCUCUCCAGCCAGUCAAGUUAACGGAACGAGAGCUGCCAAUAAUCAAAAGGACCGUCGACGACCGUUACUUUUCAAAUCAACCGAGGGAUCAGCCGAUCGCAAAGUGGUUGCCGGUUUGCGGAAAGUUGUUUGCUCAACAUAUGAAGAAGCGCUAAUGGUCCUUGAAACGGGACUGACUGAACGAAGAGUCACAGGCACAGAAAGUAACAGUGUGAGCUCUAGGAGUCAUGGAUUCUUUUGUGUUGAAGUGAAGAGGAAGGUCAGAGAUAGGAGACAUGGCCACGAAAUCUGGGUUGGAAACGCCUUUACCAUUGUUGAUCUUGCAGGCUCUGAGCGAGCAAGAAACGCAAAAACUGCGGGAGCAACGCUCGCAGAAGCAGGUAAAAUAAACGAGAGUCUGAUGUACCUUGGCCAAUGUCUGCAGAUGCAAUCCGAUCUCCAGGAUGGGAAUAAGGCACUCGUACCAUUCAGGCAAUGUAAGCUCACAGAGCUCCUAUUUUCAAAUUCAUUCCCAUCAUCAAAUCAUACAUCAUCGAAUUCGCACCCAAGGAACACCCAAAGAGCCGUCAUGCUAGUAAUGGCUGACCCCCUCGGGGAUUUCAACGCUACUUCACAAAUGCUGCGAUAUUCUGCGCUAGCUAGGGAGGUUACCGUUCCAAGAAUCCCAUCUAUAACUAGCACGAUAUUAUCGACAACCCCGGCCCCGACAGGGCCAAAACCUGCUACUGUCAGCAAAUCCCAAGCUGCUCUUGAGGAACAGCUAGAACUCGCAGCCUUAGAAAUUGCUCACAUAAGUGAUGAAUAUGAUGCACUGGCUGUCAGAUUUUCUCAGGAAGAGGUUGAGAGGAUCGAGGCAGAGUUGAAAUUGAAAGCUGCCGAAGAGAGAUGUCUGCUUAUCGAGCAAGAAGUUCGCGAGGAUUGCUGGGCCGAGAUGGAAGAGCGUAUGGAGAAAGAGAGGAGAAGAUGGCAAGCAGCUCUGGAAGAAGAGUCGUCUCGAAAUGAGAAUCAUCUCGACAUGAAACUUGAUCUUCUCUCCCGAGGUAUUAAAAUACAUGAAGAUCCUAAACCUGAUUCUGUCGAAAGAAUAAACGAGUUAGAAGCCGAAAAUGAUGCAUUACGACGCAAAAUUGAACUACUUGAAAGAGAACUUCUCUCUAGAUCUCCAACAAAGAAAACUAGGUCCAAGAAGAACACUAUACCCGGCCGGUUCGAUUCCAUGGAUUACAGCUUUACCCCUGCUAACGAAAGCGAUAUUGAGAAUUCACAGCUAGAUAUGAAGAAGUUCAACAUGAAAUCCAGCCCCCUUGCACAGACCGGGAAACCAAAAAAACUGACUACUAGACAAUGGGAUCUUGCUCCUGAAGGCACAUACGACUAG